UGGUUUUUCCUGCAUCCAUCUUGAGAUCCGCAGAGAGCACGAUGGCGAGCGACUCCCCCGCGAGGAGUCUGGAUGAAAUCGACCUAUCUGCGCUCCGGGAUCCAGCCGGGAUCUUUGAGCUGGUUGAACUGGUUGGAAAUGGCACCUAUGGACAGGUGUACAAGGGUCGCCAUGUUAAAACAGGCCAGCUGGCUGCUAUCAAGGUCAUGGACGUCACUGGAGAUGAGGAGGAGGAGAUUAAAGCCGAGAUCAACAUGCUAAAGAAGUACAGCCACCACAGAAAUAUAGCCACGUACUACGGAGCCUUCAUCAAGAAAAAUCCUCCAGGAAUGGACGAUCAGCUCUGGCUGGUGAUGGAGUUCUGCGGAGCCGGCUCCAUCACAGAUCUGAUUAAAAACACCAAAGGAAACUCUCUGAAGGAGGAAUGGAUCGCCUAUGUCUGCAGAGAAAUACUUCGGGGUCUGACCCAUCUGCACCAGCACAAAGUGAUCCACAGAGACAUCAAGGGCCAAAACGUGCUGUUGACAGAAAACGCAGAGGUCAAACUUGUGGACUUCGGCGUGAGCGCUCAGUUGGACCGGACAGUUGGGCGUAGGAACACGUUUAUCGGGACGCCGUAUUGGAUGGCCCCGGAGGUGAUCGCGUGUGACGAGAACCCAGACGCCACAUACGACUUCAAGAGCGAUUUGUGGUCCCUCGGCAUCACCGCGAUCGAGAUGGCAGAGGGAGCGCCACCGCUCUGUGACAUGCAUCCAAUGAGAGCCCUCUUCCUCAUCCCCAGAAACCCCGCCCCCAGACUCAAGUCCAAGAAAUGGUCCAAGAAGUUCCAGUCUUUCAUUGAGAGCUGUUUGAUGAAGAGCCACAGUCAGAGGCCGAGCACCGAGCAGCUCCUCAAGCACCCGUUUAUCAGAGACCUGCCCAACGAGAGACAGGUCCGGAUCCAGCUUAAAGACCACAUCGACCGCACCAAGAAGAGGAGGGGAGAGCGGGAUGAGACUGAGUAUGAAUACAGCGGCAGUGAAGAGGAGGACGAAGAGAGAGAUGUCGGAGAACCCAGCUCCAUCAUAAACAUCCCCGGGGAGUCGACUUUGAGGCGGGACUUCCUGCGCCUCCAGCUGGCCAAUAAGGAGCGGUCCGAGCUGAUCCGCCGACAGCAGCUGGAGCAGCAACAGAACGAAGAGCACAAGAGGCAGCUGCUGGCGGAGAGGCAGAAACGGAUAGAGGAGCAGAAGGAGCAGAGGAGGAGGCUCGAGGAGCAACAACGGCGCGAGCGAGAGAUGAGAAAACAACAAGAGAGAGAGCAAAGGAGGAGGUACGAAGAGAUGGAGCAGAUACGGAGGGAGGAGGAGAGGAGGCACGCCGAGAGGGAACAGGAGUACAAGAGGAAGCAGAUCGAGGAGCAGAGGCAGGCGGAGCGGCUGCAGCGACAGCUCCAGCAGGAGAGGGCGUACCUGGUCUCGCUUCAGCAGCAGCAGGAGUCCAGACCCCAGGACAAAAAACAACUGUACCACUACAAAGACCAGGCCCCCGGGAGCAACAAUGACAAACCGGCCUGGGCCAAAGAGGUACCACACUGUUCUGUUCUGAUAUAUCAAGGGUCUCCCAGCUUCCAACACAAAGUUUCAAACCGUAUUUCGGACCCGGCUCUGCCUCCACGCUCAGAGUCUUUCAGCAGCAGCAUCCAACAGGCCAGGACCCCCCCAAUGCACCGAGCAGUAGAGCCACAGAUGGCUCACCUGGUCCAAGUGAAGAGCCACGGUUUGUCUGGCUCUCAGUCGCUGUAUGACCCCCACGGCGUCUCCUCCUCCUCGACCUCCGUGUCCCCCUCGCGGCCCCCCAUGCCCCGCCAGAACUCGGACCCCACCUCAGACACGCCCCCAGCCCCGCCCCUCUCCCGCCUGGCCCCGCCCCUCGACUGGCUGAGGCAGGACGAAGACACGCCGCCCAAGGUUCCCCAGAGGACGACCUCCAUCUCUCCGGCUCUGGUCCGAAAACACUCCCCAGGAAACGGGCCGGGCCUGGGACCUCGAGCCGGAGCCCACCUGAUACGGGCCAGCAACCCGGACCUGCGGAGGACGGACGUUUCCAUGGAUACGCCCCUGAAGAGGACGAGCAGUGGCAGCUCCUCCAGCUCCAGCACCCCGAGCUCCCAGGGCGGCUCCAACGAGAGGGGUAAACACGAAGUCUGUACUCUGCCGCGCUCCCACGGCUCCAAAGAGGACCGAGAGGUGACCCGCCCCAGCCGACCCGCCGACUUGACGGCUUUGGCCAAGGAGCUGCGCGAGCUGCGUCAGGGCGAGGAGACCAGCCGACCGCCGGUGAAAGUGACGGACUACUCUUCGUCCAGUGAAGAGUCCCACAGCAGCGAGGACGAGGAGGGCGAGGGGGGCAACAACGACGGGACUGUGGCCGUGAGCGACAUCCCACGAAUCAUGCCGGCAGCGAGUCAGGGCACAAACGAGUCUCUGGGCGGCUCUUCGGGUCAGAACGAUUCUCACAGCGAUUCUUUUGGAAACAGCUCCCAGGAUUCAACACUGAUGAUGAGAGAGUUCGGGACGAGCAGCAGCGGAGGGUCCAAAGCCUCGUUCACUCCUUUUGUGGAUCCCAGAGUUUACGGGACAUCUCCGACAGAGGAGGAUGAGAAGAACUCUGCUGCAGCGUUCGCAGACGAGCUCCUGAAGGCGGAGCUGGAGCAGGCGCGACUGAACGAAGCCAGGAAGAUCUCCGUGGUGAACGUGAACCCCACAAACAUCCGGCCCCACAGCGACACGCCGGAAAUCAGGAAGUACAAGAAGCGCUUCAACUCCGAGAUCCUCUGCGCCGCGCUGUGGGGUGUGAAUCUGUUGGUGGGCACAGAGAACGGGCUGAUGCUGCUGGACCGGAGCGGACAGGGUAAAGUCUAUAACCUCAUCAACAGGAGGCGCUUUCAGCAGAUGGACGUCCUGGAGGGGCUCAACGUCCUCGUCACCAUCUCAGGGAAGAAGAACAAGCUGCGUGUGUACUACCUGUCCUGGCUCCGAAACAGGAUCCUCCACAACGACCCCGAGGUGGAGAAGAAGCAGGGCUGGAUCACUGUGGGCGAGCUGGAGGGAUGCGUCCAUUAUAAAGUCGUAAAGUACGAGAGGAUCAAAUUCUUGGUGAUUGCUCUGAAAAACGCGGUGGAGAUUUACGCCUGGGCCCCAAAACCUUACCACAAGUUCAUGGCCUUCAAGUCCUUCACCGACCUGCAGCACCGCCCCCUGCUGGUCGACCUCACGGUGGAGGAGGGCCAGAGGUUAAAGGUCAUCUACGGCUCCACUGUCGGUUUCCAUGUGAUCGACGUGGACUCUGGAAACCCCUAUGACAUCUACAUCCCCUCACAUAUCCAGGGCCAGGUGACGCCUCACGCCAUCGUGAUUCUGCCCAAGACUGACGGGAUGGAGAUGCUGCUGUGUUACGAGGACGAGGGGGUUUACGUGAACACCUACGGGAGGAUCACUAAAGACGUGGUGCUGCAGUGGGGAGAGAUGCCCACCUCUGUCGCCUACAUCCACUCGAACCAGAUCAUGGGCUGGGGGGAGAAGGCCAUAGAGAUCAGGUCUGUGGAGACGGGGCACCUGGACGGAGUGUUCAUGCACAAAAGAGCUCAGAGACUCAAGUUUCUGUCAGAGAGGAACGACAAAGUUUUCUUUGCGUCAGUCCGGUCCGGAGGCAGUAGUCAAGUCUUCUUCAUGACUCUGAACAGGAGCUCUAUGAUGAACUGGUAACGCGGCGAUUCCGGCUGCGCUCGGACAAACUGACAAACGAAACGGCCGACGGCGGAUCGCACGGCGGAGGACUGUGGGGGACUGUGUAAGAAAAAGAAAAAAAAAAGAGAGUGAUUUUUUUUUUUUAUGGAGGAAAACAACAAGCUGCUACGGGGAAGAGACGAGAUCGCAGGCGAAACUUUAAAAAAAAAGUCUGUGGACUGCCUCUUUAGCCUUUGGAGAAUUCUCUGUGUAGCUCAACAUAAAGCCACUAAACGUUCACGCUGAGAGGAGCGGCGGCCGGUUUUGAGGACGUAAUCAGGUCACGGGGCAAGGUCGUAGCUGUCAAAAUGCUGAGUCGUGGCGAUGUCGUAACUCUGCGUCCGUUCAAUUAGCUACGGUGUUGUUUUAAUAUCGAUGUUUGGCUUUUGUACAGUCCCUUUAACUUAAAAAUUGUAAAACGUUUGACUGCACAAAUGAUUUUCAGACAUAAAUUACAAUACAUUUAUCAUUAUAACGCUUAAAGAAACACUGUGUAACUUUUCUGGUGGAUGGUACGCUGCCUGCUUUGCCUCGAUUGUUCCGCAGUAUGGUCUUAAACUUUUCUAUUUUGCGUUUGUGUUUUAAUUCCCUUGAAACACAUAGAUCUGACAUGUAACUCUCUGUAACUCUUCACUCCAAAUACGUGAUGCCUCCAGGACAAGUUUAAAGCCAUACUGUGAAACAUUCCAGGCAAAGCUAUAACAUCUCCAUGGAGACAAGCAGCUGGCAAAGUUACACAGUGCGACUUUACACAAAACAGUUAUGAUAGAAAAUUACGUGCACCCACAGAUAUUAUUAUUAUUAUUUAAAGUCCUACUCUUAGUUCAAAAGUCUUUUAAUUGCGCAAAAAUACAAUUAAAACAACAGAUUUUGUGUCUCGCCAAAUUUCCAUCCACUAGGGCUUUAGUCGAUUAAAGCUGCAUUGUGUAACUUUUCUGGUGGAGGGUCCAUCUUGUAGAUCUUAUUACUUUGUCUGGAAUGUUCCACGGUAUGUCAUUAAAGCUUUGUAUCCUCAUGAAGAUCAAACCAGACCAAGUUACAAGUUAUUUUUGAGCUGUAAAACCACCUAUAAUUGAAUAAAUGUAAAGUAGAGCUGUUUAAUGUCACACUGUGGAACAUUCCAGGCAGAGCAGUGACAUCUCCAUAGAAACAAGAGGUAACAGGUGACCGAAAAGUUACACGGCACACCUUGAAGAAAUUUUUGGUGGACUGAAGACGUGAUUAAAAAAGAGUGCGUGGCAAAAUCUCUCAAAACUCUUACUUAUCUCUGUGUGUCUGACCCAAACUGCACUUACAAGACUUCACCAGCAGAGGGAGUUUGUGCAAAAACAGCCAUUUAUGCAGGAAAAAAGCACCAGGAAACACUGUAUUUAUAUAAAGACAGAUUAAACUCGUAAAUCAUUAGUUUAUUCUGCCUUUUGACAUACAAGCAUUAAUCUCCAAAUUCUGCUAUUGACCCAUAUAAAUCCAGUGGUGGAAGAAGUAUUCAGUUUUGUUACUUAAGUAAAAGUAAAAGUAUCACAUGAAGAAAUCUACUUAAGUAAAAGUAUUAAUGUUCCUGUUUAAAAAUGUACUUAAAGAGUAAAAAGUAAAAAUAUUUUGCAGAGAGUUUUAGAACAAUUAAAGGAUGAAAUGUAAUAAGUAAUUUAGAGGAUUUUAAGUAAUUAAAUUUGAGGAUGGCUUACCUUGAACUAAAGAAGUUACAUAGUGCAGCUUUAAAAUAGAAACUUACACGUUACAUUAUCAUCUAAAUAAAAUCAAACAAAACAAAACAAAUACAUAUUUCAACCGAUUAACUGACUAAAAGAAAAAAACAAAAAAAACAAUCAUAACCAGGAUACUCAAAAAAAGAUCAUAAGCGGGAUACUCCAAAAACCCGAUCAUAAAACCCGAUCAUAAUCGGGACACUCAAAAAACCUGAUCGUAAAACCCGAUCAAAAGCUGGAUAUUCAAAAAAACUAUCAUAAAACGCAAUCAUAACCAGGGAUACUCACAAAACCUGAUCAUAAAACUCGAUCAUAACCGGAAUACUCAAAAAAACUAUCAUAAGCGGGAUACUCUAAAAACCUGAUCAUAAAACCCGAUCAUAAUCAGAAUACUCAAAAGAAUGAUCAUAAGCAGGAUACUAAAAAAACCCGAUCAUAAUCAGGAUACUUAAAAAAAAAACUAUCAUAACUGGGAUACUAAAAAAACCCGAUCAUAAA